AUGAGAUUGACAUGGUUUUGUGCAGUUUGGUGUAGGAGAACCGAUGAACUGGUGGAUGGACCCAACGCUGACCACCUGAGCUCUCCAGAGCUGGACAAGUGGGAAGAGAGGCUCGAAGACAUCUUCAACGGAUGCCCCUAUGACAUGUUAGAUGCUGCACUCACUGACACAGUUUACAAGUUCCCCAUAGACAUCAAGCCAUUCAGGGACAUGAUAGAGGGAAUGAGAAUGGACAAAAGGAAAAACCGGUACCAAAACUUUCAAGAGCUCUACCUCUACUGCUACUACGUGGCUGGGACUGUUGGCCUAAUGAGUGUCCCUGUGAUGGGGAUAGCCCCUGAAUCUUCAGUUUCUGCUCAAACUAUCUACAAUUCUGCAUUAUACCUGGGCAUUGGGAAUCAGCUCACCAACAUACUCAGAGAUGUCGGAGAAGAUGCCAUGAGAGGGAGGGUCUAUCUCCCCCAAGACGAACUCGCGCAGUUUGGGCUAUGUGACGAGGACGUGUUCUCAAGGAAGGUGAGUGAUGGGUGGAGAGAGUUCGUGAAAGUGCAGAUCGCCAGGGCAAGGUUCUACUUCCAGCAGGCAGAGGAGGGAGCUUCUCAGCUUGACAGGGCUAGUCGAUGGCCGGUAUGGUCUUCCCUAUUGUUGUAUCGGAAGAUCUUGGAUGCAAUUGAGGAAAAUGACUACGAUAACUUGACCAAGAGAGCUUAUGUUGGGAGGACUAGGAAGCUCCUCAUGCUUCCUCUGGCAUACUCUAGAGCUAUGUCAACACCCAAUUUGGCUUUUCAGUAUUAA